UGUUUCCAUGGAGCCGAUGGAAGCUAAAAGCGCUAUUUGAGGAUUAGCUAGUUAGCCGCUAAAUUAGUUAGCUCGUUGGCUUUUUUUGUUGUCACACAGAUUUCAGGAUGUCAGGACGAGAAGACAGUGAUAAUUUAGAGACUCUGUUUUCAUUUGAGCUCUUGGUUGAAUAUAUCCGAAUCGAAAAAGGAAGUAAAGUUUCCGACGAGCUGGCUCUUGGACUACGACUGUUGGAUUUUCCAACGCUGCUUAUUUACCAGCCUCAGCAGAGCAGUGGUGACGCAAACCAACGGCAACAUGAUGGAAAGGAAAAGCAGGGAGAAUACGCCUUUAACAGAGGGAAGUCUUGCUUCUUCAAAAUGAACAUGAACUCUCUGCAUAGCCAUCUGUCAAACACCCCUCUCUAUGCCAUGGUGCUGGAUGUAAAAGAGGAGAUCCCUAAAUUAGUUGGUACCUCACUCAUCUCACUGGGGAAAGCAAUGGACAGAAUCAGACAGGAUGUGACUGAUCAUGGUGUUUCUACUCCCUCAUCUCAUGGUGAAAGGGGGGCUGUUGCUAUAUGCAACCUCACAGGGGAGAAAAUUGGAUCAAUUUCCCUGAGCUACAAACUGCUAAGUCUGGGAGCUAGUUUACUGCCUCAUAUCACAGAAAGCUGUGGUCUUGAAAGCACCAGUCUACCCAGACAACAACAGAUCAUCAUAGAGAAAAACAUCCCACAAUCACUGCUUCGUGACUGUGGAAAUUCUGAUGUUAGCAGACACAUGCAAAACAACAAACCAUCAGAUGAGAAUAGCUUGAUAAAUGAGGAGGACAAUGGUGUUACCAUGCAGAGUGAACACAAGCCAAGAUGCCAAAUGCCUCAAGAAAGUGAAAACAAUUUUGAAGAUGAUUUAACUAUAUUGUGUCCGCCACAUUUAUUCUACAAAAAUUCUGCAGAGGAAAAUCGCAAAAAUGAAGCAGGGGAUUGCAGAUUACUGAAUCGAGACUUUGAGGCUUUUACAUUUGAAGAAGAAGAGACAAGUGAAAAUGAAAUUGGAGGAACAAGUUCUCCAAUGAUGAACCAGAGAGUAAACCAGAAAACAAGUGUGACUUCAAAUGUCCUCGGGGACGCCUUGAGACAGUUGCCUCUGCUAAAUGCUCUUCUUGUUGAGCUGUCGCAGUUGAAUAACCAGAACCCAAACCAGCCCUGCUCUAUUCAUCCCCAUCUAUCUUGGAUUUACAGGCCCGCUUCUGCAGAGCCUUCAGCUGGGCGUGGAAACACACCACGGAAGGCGCAAACAAAGUCGUUACAGAAAACAAGACAAGGAACUAGUCCCAAUUUAAAACUUUUACACUCCCCCAGAAACUGUUCUACACCAGUAGCUAGGCCUGCAAGAGACAAACAAGAAGAGGCUUUGAUUGAGAGUAAAAACUCCAGUAAAUCUCCGAGGCAAAAGCUUGUAUAUGGUACAACUAAAACAUUCAACCUGAGGCUGAAGCAAAUUUCUCCUCUGAAAGUAAAACGCCGUGAAUGCAUGGACUUACUACAAAAUCAGUCAAGCACGGUCAAAGAAAAGGCAAAGUCAAGUCACAAGAUCAUAAAGUCCAGCAGAAGAAAAUCAGUAAUUAAUCAGAGCUCCAGGAUCGAUGAAAAUGUUGAGACAAUGAUGCAAAACAUCACAGCAGAUUCUGCACAACAAGAAACAAUCACACUAAAACACAAAACCCUGCAUGGUAAGGUUCAUGGUAAACAAGACAGAGACUCUCCGAGAAUUUCAGAAAAAAACUCAGUUUCUGAAAGAGACUUGAAAUGUAUUCACAUCCCCAGUGUGGAUUGUGACAGUGUGUCCCAAAACAAAGACAAGAAGAAGCAUUACAGUGAAUCAAAUCAAGUCAAAUCACAGUCUGAAUCUGACAGGCACAGAGAGAAAAUUGAAUCUUCCACAAGCAGCAGCCCCAAAUCUUCAUUUUCAGACUCCAGUGGGGAAGAAAAUGAGGAGGCAGACUACGCUGAUGACUUUAACAGCCUCGAGCCCAGUGAUGCCUACUCCCCGGACCCCAUGAGCAGCCCCGAGCCCUCCAGAGCCAAGACUUCCAGGUCUCCUGUCCGCCUCGACCUCUGCAACUCAGACUCUGAAGGUUUCCACAAGAGAGCGGUCCUCCCGGUACCCAUCAAAGCCCCCAGCUCUCCAGUGCGCUCUCUGAGGGGCACCCACGUCAUCCGGCCUCGGACCCACGCCUCGGCCCUCAGCUUCUCCUCCGAGGAUGGGGACAGAGACGGUUCCUUACAAACUAUAUGCUCCAGAAAACAGAUGAAAGAAAGCAGUAGAGUAGACAGGAGCUCUGGUGCUGAGAGUUUAAUUUCAUCAAGAGGCCAAAGGAGUGGGUCAGCCAAGAACAGCGGCCCUGUUCGAGGACUUUCUCUAGAAUCAGUAUCUUCCUUUGAACCACAUGAGGUGGAGGAACUGGAGGAUGAGCUUGGAUCUCUGGAUUUCAAAAAGGAGUAUCAGCAUAUCUCUGAGCUAGUGGCCAACAAACUCCCUGGUUACACAAUGUAAAGAAAAAUCAACAUUAUGGUAUCAUCAAGGCUGCACUGUUUCCUCGAUCCAAGUGAAACGGUAGUUAGUAUUACUAUAGUGUAUAUAACUGUGUAAAUUUGUUUAUGUUUCAUUUCAGUAAUGAUUUCUGACAACUUCUUUGAAUAAAGACAAGCUUUUUAUGGAAAUAA